AUGAGCGGACGCGAACUAUUACUGCGUCUAUUCCAGCCGUCAAAGAAGCCUGCAAUCUACGAGCACCAGCCGCUCUCUCGCUCCCUAGACGAAAUACGCCUACUAAGACUCCGCAAAGACAAGAACGGCCCCGUACAUUGCGAAACCAAAGUCAUUCCGCUCGAGCAGGCCCCGGAAUACAUUGCGCUAUCUUACCGAUGGGGCCCACCGUCACCUCUGCACGACAUCUUCAUCGGCGACCAAACGCUCAAGAUCCGAGACAUCCUCAACUCAUGCUUACUGGAGCUAAGAGAAGAGCUGGAUACAUGGCUAUGGAUCGAUCAAAUCUGCAUCGCUCAGGCGGAUACCAGUGAGCGAAACCAUCAGGUCAUGAUGAUGUCACGUAUAUACAGCAACAGCGCCUCGGUCAUCAUCUGGCUGGGCGACGUACCCCUAGCGCCUUCGUGGAAGACUGAUCGUUUCAAUGACCAAGAUCUUGAUGGUGCGUCAGUCAAGGUCUUGCUGGGAAAUGUUUACUUUACAAGACUAUGGAUAGUCCAAGAAGUAAUGCUUGCGAGAAAUGUGAGGUUGCAUCUCAACGGCAAUCGUCGCGUCGACUGGAGCACACUGCGUGAUGCAUACUUCAACGCAGUCUGGGAAUUGCAAGAAUCUGCUCCAAUACCUAUCGCGUCCAUGUAUCUCGUAAGCUACACAAGGCGCUACACAAGGCGUGGUCGGGCCAUGAGGCGACAAAUGAUCUGGCCCCAAUGUAUUGAUGGCUUCUCCGCAAACGCAUGUGAAGACCCUCGAGACAAGGUGUAUGGUAUGAUGGGUAUCAUGAAGGAGGAAGAACAGCUUACCGUGGACUACGACAAGAGUGUCCUUGAAGUAUAUCUGGACGUGGUGAAUAUCCUUAGAAUCUCAAUGGGGAAAGCAUCUCCUCAUGUCAUGAGGAAUUACCUCUGCGUAUUAGGAUCCCAGAUGGGUAUGCCACUGUCCCUGGCAAAAAGCAUACAGCCUCUCUUCUAUGGUCGCGCUACAACUUGGUCCUGGGAGCCGGUAUCGCCCGUGGAUCCGAAGACAGCCAAAUUCCCUCAGGAGCAGGGAGGUUGGUGGUACGAGUGGCUCGGGGAAGACUGUCGUUACCCUGGCCUACCAAAUACAAGGAUACCUUCGGUCCCGUCGUUCACCCCAGCGCAACUACUCCUUCCCAGGCCAAGAGUCUCUAAAGAUUGGAAGAGCUGUCAUACCAGGGGAUCAGAUGGCGACCAAUGCAGAGACGAUAGUUGGCACCUGUGGAAACAGGGUAUCGCUAGCGAGACACGUGAUGACCACUUUGAAUAA